AUGGCAGCGAGCGACUCUGGGACAGAUGAGUCACUGUAUCCUAUUGCGGUGCUCAUUGACGAAUUGAAAAACGAGGAUGUACAGCUCCGUUUGAAUUCUAUCAAGAAGUUAUCCACCAUCGCGCUGGCGCUGGGUGUAGAGAGGACCAGGUCGGAGCUGAUCCCCUUCCUCACGGAGACCAUUUAUGACGAAGAUGAAGUUUUACUCGCCCUUGCCGAACAACUGGGAAACUUUAUCAAUCUUGUUGGUGGUGGCGAAUUCGCCCACUGCCUGCUCCCGCCUCUAGAGUCACUGGCAACAGUUGAAGAGACCGUUGUCCGUGACAAGGCAGUGGCUUCCCUCCGCGCUGUAGCCGCCCAUCAUACGCCACAAGCUUUAGAGCAACACUUCGUACCACUGGUCCAGCGUCUUGCGGGAGGUGAUUGGUUCACAUCCCGUGCCUCUGCAUGUGGUUUGUUCAGUGUAUGCUACCCCCGAGUGUCAGCGCCGGUGAAGGCCGAGCUCCGGCAACACUUCCGCUCGCUCUGCCAGGAUGACACUCCCAUGGUGCGCCGCGCCGCCGCCUACAAGCUUGGAGAGUUUGCCAGGGUUGUUGAAGUGGAAUACGUUAAGAGCGACCUCAUUCCUAUGUUCGUUACUUUGGCUCAGGAUGAACAAGACUCAGUCCGCCUGCUAGCGGCAGAGGCAUGCGCAGCAGUAGCAGCGCUGCUUCCCCCCGAGGACAUGGAGCAGCUCGUGAUGCCGACAGUACGCGCCCGCGCCGGGGACACGUCCUGGAGGGUGCGGUACAUGGUCGCUGAUAAGUUUGUAGAGCUGCAGCAGGCAGUAGGACCUGAACUAGCUCGCUCCGACCUGGCGCAGAUCUUCCAAGGUCUACUCAAGGACACUGAGGCUGAAGUACGCGCCGCUGCUGCUGGCAAGGUAAAGGACUUCUGCAUGAACCUAGACAAGGCGCAUCAGGAGCACAUCAUUAUGACCAUGAUCUUGCCACAAAUCAAGGACCUGGUCUGCGACGCCAACCAGCACGUGAAGUCCGCGCUGGCAUCCGUCAUCAUGGGCCUCAGCCCCAUCGUCGGACGACAGAACACCAUCGAACACCUCCUGCCUCUGUUCCUGACACAACUGAAGGACGAGUGUCCCGAGGUCAGGCUGAACAUAAUCUCAAACCUCGAGUGCGUUAACGAAGUCAUUGGCAUCCAACAGCUGGUGCAAUCCCUACUCCCCGCCAUCGUCGAGUUAGCAGAAGACACAAAAUGGCGCGUCCGUCUCGCCAUCAUCGAACACAUGCCACUCCUCGCCGGCCAGCUCGGACAGGAGUUCUUCGACGAGAAACUGACCGGACUCUGCAUGUCCUGGCUCAUCGACCACGUGUACGCCAUCCGCGAGGCCGCCACACUUAACCUCAAGAAAUUAGUAGAACAAUAUGGAUCUCAGUGGGCAGAGACCAACGUUAUCCCCAAGGUACUGGCCAUGUCCCGCGAACAGAACUACCUGCACAGAAUGACCUACCUGUUCUGCAUCAACGUGCUGUCCGAGGUCUGCGGCAAGGACAUCACCACCAGGGUGCUGCUCCCCACCGUGCUCUCCAUGGCUGACGACAACGUAGCUAAUGUUAGAUUCAACGUCGCCAAGACUUUACAAAAGAUGGCGCCCUUCCUAGACCCUGCGGUGAUCCAGCCUCAAGUCAAGCCUGUGCUGGAGAAACUAAAUGUAGAUCCUGAUGUUGAUGUUAAGUACUUCGCCUCGGAAGCGAUCGCCGGAAUCGCGGGGUAA